AUGCUUUCUUCAAUGGCGAAUCUCCAUUUUCUGAGCUUUACAGUUCUAUUUUGUCUUCUUUCCGUGCAGUUCUGUACAGUUUCGUCAGGGGCUUUGGCUAUUUGGAAGAAUCACCAGAAGCGUCCCUACCAUAGACGCCCAGUGCUUUCAUCUAAUCAGAGUUCAUGCUCAUUGUUCAUUGGCACCUGGGUACGUGACGAAACUUAUCCACUCUACCAAUCUUCAUGUCAAAUCAUAGACCCAGAGUUCAAUUGCCAAAUGUACGGCAGACCUGACUCUGAUUACCUCAAGUAUCGAUGGAAACCAACCAAUUGCGAAAUCCCGAGAUUCAACGCUCUUGAUUUCGCGACAAAAAUGAGAGGGAAAACUGUGAUGUUUGUCGGUGAUUCUCUGGGGCGUAAUCAAUGGCAGUCGUUGAUUUGCAUGAUAUCAGCUGGGAUUCCUGUGGGAUCACCUACACAAAUCAUCAGAGGAGAUCCUCUCUCUACCGUCAAGUUCCUGGAGUAUGGUGUGACGGUGUCGUUUUAUCGAGCUCCAUACCUUGUAGAUAUUGAUAUUGUACAAGGUAAAAGAGUGCUCAAAUUAGACGACAUAGGAGGAAAUGCUAACGCUUGGAGAGACAUAAUUGGUGUCGCACGUCCAUACCAACUUUGCACAACCACGCCUCCAAGCCCGAGUGAAUGGAAUGCAGGGGCGGUAACAACAUCAAAGAGCUGUUACGGUGAGACGACACCAAUGAGUGGCGGGGGCACUACCUACCUCGGGGGAUAUUCAGAUCAACUGAGGGUUUUGGAAACAGUUAUAAGAUACAUGAACAACCCUCCGUUUCUACUUGACAUAACGUUGCUUUCAGCAAUGAGAAAAGAUGCACAUCCCUCUAUUUACAGUGGAGAUCUCACCCCAGGGCAAAGGGCUAAUCCUGACCAUUCAGCUGAUUGUAGUCAUUGGUGUCUUCCUGGAUUGCCAGAUACUUGGAACCAACUUUUCUACACUGCUUUAUUCUUCUUACAUUAG